CUGGAUCUUCUCCCUGCAGCUGACGUCUCGCUUCUUUCUCCAUCAUGUUCGCCUUUUAUUCCCUCCUGGUUUACAUCAUCUCCACCUUCUUCAGGAGACCUGCAGUUGCCGGACGGAAGGAGGACCCCCCUCAGGAUGAAGAGACUGAAAGAAGAUCAGAUGAAUCUAAGCACCGUGCGAUGUGGGCCGAGCUUGACGAGCUGGAAAGCAGUGAUGACAGCAGCGGGGUCUCUGGGUCAGAGGAUGAAGCUGCAGGGUUCGGGGAUCAUCUUCUGGGUGAUCUCAGCUCCCCUCUAUCUGAGUUCUUGGCUUUCAAGCAGGAAUCAGCCUCCGAUCAGCCAUCAGCAACCAACCAAGAAAAGUUGACCUCGCCACUCCUCACUGUCAUGUCUCAUCUCAUCACCUUCCUGGAGCAUUACUCCCAGAUGCAGCGACUGCAGGGCAAGGCCCAGGAGUACCGCAUUCAGCUGCAGCGGGAGAAGCGCCACCGUAAAAAGCAGCUGCGAAGUCUACAAGAUGCGUACAAACAGCGCAUGAAAGACAAGAUGAGCCUUAUUGAGAGCCUGGAGAGUGUUAUCUGUGAACAGCAGAGUGUCCUGGAGAGACUGCAGAGAGGAGUCCUCUUCAGUGCACACCCGAUUUCCACACUGCCCCCUGUGGGCGUCCACAAACUGGUGCAGUCUAUCAGCGUGUUGCAGUUGGAGCGAGCCCAGUUACAGGAGGAGGUGGGAGAGCUGAAGCAGGACAUCGAGCAGAAGGAGAAGGAGCAGCAGCAAGCGUCUGACAUUCUGCAGCAGAAGAUUGAAGAAUUAAAAGGGAAGAUCCAAGAACGGGAGGUGGAGUUGUCCCAGCUGAGGGCAGAAAUGGGUGUCACCGACUCGGAGAAGCAGAUUCACAACUUGUCUGUGGAGAACGAGAACCUGAAGCAGAAUCUGAACAUGACGCAGGGGCUGCUGGAGAAACUCGCCGCCGUCAACAGCCAGCCCUCCGCACAGCUCCUCAAGGAGAACGAGGACCUGCGGAGUAAGGUGCAUCACCUGGAGACUUCUCUGCAGGACAAGGUGGAGCAGCUGGUGUACACCAAAGGUCACAUGGACAAUAUACAAUGGCGCAAAGAUGAAGAAACGCGUCAGCUGCAGGAGAAGGUCGAGGGACUGAGGCUAUCAUUAGAAAACGAAAAAAAGAGACCUCCAGAUGUACAGUACGUCACACAGACGGUGGAGGUGGAGUCCCCAACGCUCCAGCGCAGCUUAGAAGAAGCGGAGGAAAGAAACCGGACACUACAGGAGCAAGUGUCCGACCACAGCGAGGAGUGUCAGCGGCUGGAGGAGCAGCUCCACAGGUCCGAGGACCUGACCUCCACCCUACAGACCAAGAUCUCGGCUUACGAGUCUCAGAUUGAGAAACUGAAGGAGGAGCUGAUGCAGGAGAUCCAGCAGCUGGAGGCUCAGAAGGACGAGGCCAUAAAGGAAGCCUCCAAUUGCUCGGAGCAGCACAUGGAGCAGCUUAGGCAGCAACUCUUAGGGAUGCAGAGCCGCCUGGCAUCGCUCCAGCCCAUCCUUAAGAACAUGAAGACCAACUACAACAGCCUGAGGAGCCAAGUGAGGAACUUCUCCCAGUUCUACGAGGCGUCCAUCAGAGAGGCCCGGAGACAGAUCUGUCACGCCGUCACUGAUGUGUCUGAAGCAAACAAGGAUCUCUUGCAGAAAUACCAGCGAGAAGUGCAGCUGCGCAAGAGGUACCACGACCAGCUGGUGGAGCUGAAGGGAAACAUCCGCGUGCUGAGCAGAGUGCGGCCUCACCUGGACACCGGAGAAGAGGAGGCUCCAGGAGCCUCUGCCAUCAUCCACGACACCACCGAUGACACCAAACUGUCUGUGGUCUAUAAAGGGAAAGAGAGGAACUUCACCCUGGAUAAAGUCUUCUUACCCCACACCACACAGGAGGAGGUCUUCCAGGAGAUUGAGCCGGUGGUCAUGUCCUGCAUUCACGGAUACAACGUCUGCAUCUUUGCUUACGGACAGACCGGCUCUGGCAAGACUUACACCAUGGAGGGUACUGCUGAGAAUCCGGGCAUCAACCAGCAGGCCCUGCAGGUGCUCUACCAGGAGAUGGAGGCCAGGAGAGGCCUGUGGAGCUACAGUGUGAGCCUCAGCAUGGUGGAGAUCUACAAUGAAGUGAUCAGAGAUCUCCUCUCCAAGGACCCUCAGGAGAAGCUGGACAUCAAGCUGCACCCGGACGGCAGCGGUCAGCUCCACGUGCCCGGGCUGACCAGCAAGGAGGUCAAGAGCUUCCGACACAUCAAGAAGCUCCUGUCACUGGGAAAGAGGAACAGAGCAACAUUCUGCACUAACAUGAAUGAGAGGAGCUCCCGAUCCCACGCAUUACUCACUAUCACCCUCACCGGGCAAGAGCUCAGCUCAGGAUCCAUUACCACAGGGAAGCUGAACCUGGUGGACCUGGCGGGAUCGGAGCGGGUGUGGAAGUCCGGGGCGGAGGGCGAACGUCUGAAGGAAGCGCAGAAUAUAAACAAGUCUCUGCUGGCUCUGGGCGAAGUCAUUCAGGCCCUGAGGGCCAAGCAGGGUCAUGUGCCCUUCAGGAACUCCAAGCUCACCUACCUGCUGCAGGACUCACUGGGCAAGGGCAACAAAACCGUCAUGAUGGUGCAGGUGUCGCCGCUGGAGAGUAACCUCGGUGAGACGGUCUGCUCCCUGAACUUUGCCCAGAGGGUCUGUAAGGUGGAGCUGGGCCCAGCCUCCCGGAGGAUUGAUGUAGGCAGGUCGGAGAUAUGAGUGCGUCCUGGUAUCAUGGUGGAUGCCAGAUGCCCAGUAUACAAGAGGGGUACGUCUCUCCUGCCUGGAGCCCAUCAUGAUAAAAAAAAACAUGGACUCUGCAUUAAUGAUCCUUCAUGUGCAGCGCCAAACUAAGCCAAUAUAGACAAUGGCAGAGCUGAGGGUCAUCUCCUUCCUCCUCAGUGCCAAAGAUGGAGACCUGUCCCAAAACUGGGUGCAUGAGGGCAAUGACUGCUACUGUACAGGGGACACUAACUCAUGCAAAAUCCCUAACCAGCAAUGAGAAGGAAUGAAGCAGAGAUGGGACAGAGAUCAGAUGCACAGUGUCAUCAUGAGAAGGAUCAGGUGGCACCAGAAUCAAGGACAGUACAUCGCCAGGGGGCACAGCCGGAGGCUGCUUCAUUAUCACAAACUUAACUUCUGAAUGUCUGUGUUCUCUCCAAACCAGUCUGUCCCCUCCUCUACUCCUCUGUCCUCUUCCAGGCUCCUAUCCUCCUCCAGAC